AUGUUUCCAUAUGAAUAUGCAUUAGUAUCCAAUUUUAUGUUUGAAAAUCAACCGGUAGAAUUGGAGAGAGAUCAUGGUAGUCCGAUUUCUGCCGUUAUUAUUGAUAAUGAACCAGACAUAACUACACUAGCUCAAAAUGCCAACAUUUAUGAUAAUAUAAUAUCUCCUUUUGAUUUACACAAUGUACCUGCGCCAUUACCGGUUGCCGUCAAUGAUGCAGAUGAUGAGAUUCAAAUACUCCUCACAGAGAGUAAUGCCGUUGAAACAGCGGAGAGUCCAGCUCAAGUCGAACCAAAUAAUGAUGACAUCAGAAAUUCGCGUCUUGAACCUAUCGUUGUAAUUGAUCUAACUGACGAUGAAGCUCCUCAAUUGCAAUCGAGUGCAGUUGUACCACGUGUUUUAAUUGAUCUCACGCAAGAUGAGAAUGAAGAAGAAGUACAACAAACAACGCAUGUUCUUACCGAUGAAAAUAUGAAUCCACCACAGCAUGAUCCAGUUGUUGACUCUGUUCCAGUCAUGGAAGCGCCUGAUCAACCUAUGGAAGUAACUGAUGAAAAUUUAACAGUUGAUUCUGUUGCUGUUCAUUCGAAUGAAACUAUUGAUAAUCGUGCUCAAGUAUCAACCACCAUGCCGCUACCAAGAGCUCAUAAACGAUCGAUGUCAUCCAUUGAACAGCGUCAAGCUGAUAAGAACCGUACUCCUGGACGUAUAAAACGAUGGCGAAAAUCUACGCCAUAA